AUGAAUGCACUGGGACACUGGCUUCAGAAAGAGAUUGUGGAGGGAAGACUCAGUAAGUGUCAUGUAUUUUCUCUGCAGAUCAAGGAUGUUGAAGUCCUCAACUGCGAAUAUGGCAAGAACUCAAUUAAGUUCCUUCGCCUUCACAAAGAAGGGAAGAAACACUUUGUGAAAGAAGUGGAAGUGUGCACGCAUCUCCGGCUGACUUCUGCUCAGGAGUACCUGGACGGAAACAACUCUCUUGUUAUACCUACUGACACCAUAAAGAAUAUUGUCCUUGUUUUGGCCAAAAAGAAUGGGAUUACAACUUUAGAACAAUUUGCUAUAGAUAUCUGCAAACACUUCAUGACAACAUUUUGCCAAGUGGCCUACGUCAAAACCUACAUUCAAGAAGUACCAUGGCAACGUCUGCAGGAGAAUGGCAUUCCCCACAUCCACUCCUUUAUAUGCGUUCCUGAUGGGAUCCGCUUUUGUGAAGCUGAGCAGUGUCGACAUGGUCCUCUGGUUGUUUUUGCUGGAAUUAAAGACCUGAAACUCAUGAAGACAACACAGUCUGGAUUUGAAGGCUUCUUUAAGAAUGAACACACCACGCUUCCUGAAAGGCACGACAGAAUUUUAUGUGGAGAGCUCUUCUGCAAAUGGUCCUAUGGCGAAUGCAGAGAUUUUGACUUUGAUUGCAUAUGGAACAAAAUCCGUGAGUGUAUCCUUGAAGCCUUUUCUGGGCCACCCGACUGUGGGGAAUAUUCACUCUCUUACCAGAAGACUGUCAACUCUAUCCAGAUGUCCGUCCUUUCCAAAGUGUCACAGGUACAGGUCAUAGAAACGGUCUUGAACAACACUUUUUAUAAUGUUGUAGACAUGAAGAAUCUAGGCUUGACCAAUGACAAAGAAGUUCUGGUUCCAGUGGAAACUCCCUACGGCUCCUGUACUUGCACACUCGGCAGGAAGAAGUUCUUAGAAGCACAAAGCUACAUGCUAAAAGAUGAGAGGCAAAGUCAGUUUGGACUGGCAGUUUCCCAGGCAAACUAAACCUCUUGGCUACACUCACACUACCCUGAUAAACUUAACAGUAUGGCU